AUGGGUAAUUCAGUUUCAAAAACCAAAGUUUUCAGCGUAAAUUUGCGCAACAAAAUCAGCCAGACACAGUCUAAUCGAGAUAGCCGACAAGAGCCAUCUUCACCUCAUCGCACGCUGGUCAAGUCUGAUCUUCCAUCAACAUCAAGUAGGAUGGCAAAGCCAUCUGUUCUAAAGAACCACAAUUUUUUUAGCAACAAAAGAAAUGCCACGAAGAAAUCUACUCCAGUCCAUCGUCAGCAUCGUCAACAUGCCAGUGUCAAAAACACCACUCUAUCUCGAAAAAAGCCCAAGUAUAAAAAGAAGGUUGUAAUUACCAAGAGUAUCAUUGGCAGGCCCACCAAUUUUAAGCAUUUAACCUGCACAAGGAAUGACAUGGACAAUGAGGACGGCGACAAUGAGUCUUCUACAAUGGCAGCACAAAUGAUUGCUUUGGCUGCUCUUAUUAAACCUCUGCCUGAUAUGGAUCCUGAAAAGACAUUAACGCCACCUAUCAUUCCACCUCGCAAUUCCUCUUAUAGUAACCAUAUCUACAUUCAACAGAUUGCUUUAUCAAUUCCAUCGCCUCCAUCGCCUCCAUCGCCUCCUUCUUCUUCUUCGUCUUCCUGUUCUUCUGCUGUAAUGCAACAUGACAUUCCUUCUGCUUCUACUAGGAAAUCGAAAAAGAAGAGCAAGAGCAACAAAACCUACCCCUCAAUAAAGAAGGGCAAAAAGAAAAACAUCAAAUAUGCAUCCAUUGGCAAGGGCUCCAUAGGUCGAAAACAAGUACAACAUGAUAAAAUGCCAAGACAAAAGCGGAAGGCUAUCAAAUCAGAGCAAGCUGUCAAUUCUUUGGAUUUGUAA